GACUGAUCUGACGUCACAGGUCUUUACGCCAGGUGGGAUCUAGCCACUAUCAUUACACUAUGGCGGCUUCCUCUAUGGAGACAGAUGAGCAAGCACGAAUUAGGUUCCAGUUAGAGCUGGAAUUUGUCCAGUGUCUGGCAAACCCCAAUUAUCUGAACUUUCUCGCACAAAGAGGAUACUUCAAAGACAAAGCAUUUGUGAAUUACCUGAAAUAUCUCUUGUACUGGAAGGACCCAGAGUACGCUAAAUAUUUGAAAUACCCCCAGUGCUUGCACAUGCUUGAACUUCUACAGUAUGAACACUUCCGUAAAGAGCUGGUAAAUGCCCAGUGUGCCAAGUUUAUAGAUGAACAGCAAAUCCUGCAUUGGCAACACUACUCAAGAAAGCGCAUGAGGCUCCAGCAGGCCCUCGCUGAACAGCAGCAGCCGAACAAUGCCGCUGGAAAAUGAAAUGUUGCGCCAUCCCCUAGAGAGUAAAUAUUCCCAUUAGUUUCGAGAAACCUAGGAUCCUACUGAGCUCUGCAGCAGGAUGUGGAAUUAGCUGGUCAUUUGCUGUAACUUUCAAUGGUGACCAUUAUAUGGACAACUUAUAUAAGCUGAGCAAUUGAAUUUGCAUUUCUUGGUUAAUUGGAAUUAACUUAUAGCAGAGAUAUAGAUAUGUACAGUAAAAUCUUAAGCUUUAUAAAAUACAAAUGUACACAGGAUAAUUCUCACUUUGUAAAACAAAGAUACAUGUUGCCAUUUGGUUAGCUUGUCAUGUGAAUAUAGCAUCCUAUUGCAGUAUGGAUUCUGCUUUGUAAAAGCAUAUUGACCCCUAGUGGAGGGAGGCAUGUAAUGUAUACGAUUCCUCAACAUUAUUGACAUAGGCCAGUGGUCAGCCAAAUUCUGAUGCUACCACCUCGGACUUGAGUUAUAUUGGACUGCAUAAAAUUAUGCUGUAUAAUAAGUUACUAUAACUGAGUGGGGGAAGAUUAUUUAAGUGUUACAAAUUACACUGUGUUUGAUUAAUUACUUAUUCUGUUAUCAAAAAGGUAUUUUUUAUUUUAAGCAGAUUAUCGGUUCUGCCUUAAACUGUGUAAAUACACCUUGAUAUAAAAAAAAUAUAUAGCCAUUUUGUACAUUAGUAAACUUAAUUUGAGUCAUUUAAA